ACUGGCAUGGCACAGAUAAAGUAGCGAUUACUGGGUUCUUGUUUUUGUUUCCUGGCAGCGCAAUUACCGUUCUUGAAAGAUUUGGUUCUUAUCAUUUGUAGUAUACACUGGCCGCUGUUACCCCCUAGCUUUUGUACAAAGAUACAUAUAUACACACACACACAAUGUCGACUACAGAUUCUCCCAGCGUCAUCUCAGUCGACUAUCGCGGCCGCGUCGCCGUCAUCACCAUCGCAAACGAGAAGAAGCUCAAUGCGCUCAACCAGGCGCAGUACUAUGAGCUCUCGCAGGCGAUGAGAGAAGUGGCCACGCACGAUGAGGUCUAUGUCACUGUCCUUCUCGGCAAGGGACGCUUCUUUUCCGCUGGCGCAGACGUCUCCAUAGGCAGACCAAAUCCCACCGACCCCAGCGAAGCCCGCAAGCAGCUCCUCCAGACCUUUGUCGCCUUCAACCUCAACAUCACAGAGGCCUUUGCCGCGCACCCAAAGGUCCUCGUCGUGGGCCUCAACGGCCCCGUCGUGGGCCUCACCGCCGCAAUCAUCGCCCACGCCGACUUCAUCUACUGCGCGCCGCACGCGUUCCUGCUCACGCCCUUUUCGUCAAUAGGGCUCGUCGCCGAGGGGGGCUCGUCGCGCGCGCUCGUCACGAGGCUGGGCCCCGCGAGGGCCAACGAGGCGCUGAUUAUGAGUAAGCGGAUUGCGAGCGCGGAGCUGGAGCGGUGCGGGUUUGUGAACAAGGUGUUUGAGGAGGUGAAGCAGGGUGAGGAUGGCAAGUUUAGGGAGUUGGUGCUCAAGGAGGUGGAUGAGAGGCUGGGGGAGCAUCUUGUGGGGGAUAGUUUGCUGGGCAUCAAGAAGUUGAUAAGGGGGCCGGAACAGAACAUUGUAAACUUGAACAAUUUCAACGAGGUGUUUGCUGGGCUGGAGAGGUUCAUGACUGGCGUCCCGCAGGAGGAGUUUAGGAAGCUUGGGAGCGGCGAGAAGAGGCACAAGCUGUAAUGCGGCAGGGGGGUCGUUGGACGGAUUUUCUGCUCUUUUCUUGGUUUUCAUGUAAUUAAUAUUGUAGGCAUGAUGAAAAUGUCUAUAAAGUGGGAAAAAGCAAUUCGCUAUGUCUGUGUCUAAUUAUGCCAACAAUCCAAAUAGCAGACUCGUCCGGCCCCAGAAGCUCUUGGCCGCCUUGCCAACUUGCUGCCGCGAGGAAUCCUCUAGGCCACUGCGCUCAUAAACUGCAUCUUCCAGUUUUUGAAACACUUG